AUGGCGCCCAAAAUCACUCUCUACACAGCUCACCACUGCCCCUUUGCGCACCGAGCGCAAAUCGCCCUCCGCGAACUCGAGCUCGAAUUCGAGACCGUGAUCGUGGACAUCACCAUUCCGCGCACUCCAGAAUACCUCGCUAUCAACCCACGAGGACUCGUUCCAGCCCUGGUCUACAAUGGCCAGGUACUGACCGAAUCCGCACUAAUAACAAAAUUCCUUGUCGACUCCCAUCAUCCCACGCAUCUACUCAAAUCCAGUUCCGAGUUAGAUGGCGCUAGACAACGUUACGAUUCUGAAUUCUUUGUGGAGACGUAUUUCAACAAGGUUCAUGUGUUUUUUGACAAGGCUGUUUAUUCCAAAACGGCUGAAGAGACCGCAGCAGCAGCGAAUCAGUAUGUUGAUGCUAUUGUGAAAGAGGUUGAAGCUCUUCUGGAAGAUGCUGAGCCGUACUUUGGGGGAUCGAAGCGUCUCACGCUGGUAGAGGUUCAAACGGGAUCAUUUCUUCUUCGCGUCCUUGCAUUGCCCAAUCACGAGCAAAUCUUGCCACGUUUCUUACUCGAGUCCCUACAGACGAAGGCGCCAAACUUUUGGAAAUGGGCCAGUGCCGUUGUGGCCGAGAAAAGUGUUACAUGCGUGUGGGAUGAGGACGAUGUUGUCAAACGUACAAUAGCAAGAAUCAACCGAUGA